AUGAUUCAAAUUGACGAUACGAACUUACCAAACUUAACAAAAAAUAACAUGGCAAUUAAUCCUCUUCCAACGAUCGAAAAAACUAUUAACAAACAUUCUUCUCCUAAGAAUGUCAAUAUAAAUGCUAACAAAAACAAAUUUAGUUCAGAACAUCGCGACCGUCACAAAAAUUGUAUAAUACCUCUCCACAAAACCUUUUUACUUUAUUCAAUUAUUCAAUUUCUUGAAUUAAUUUUUAUCAACAAAAGAGCAAAUCAAAUCGGUAUCGUACCGAAAGAACUUAAACCAUCUCAAUGCUUUUCCACAAAAAACCUAAAUACUUUAAUUUCCUCUCCGUUUCUCCUUCGUUCUCUUUGUAAAUUCACUCAAUGUCAAAUUGCUGAAAUAACUUAUCGUGUAAAAGUAUUUGAUAAAUUUCGUAACGAAUUAACCAAAUAUCAAAUGAUGAUUGAUAAUGCAUCAAGAUAUGAUACGGAUAUUUUAAAUUUACAAAGUGAACAAGUGGAACAAUGGCUUAAAAUUGCUUUUGAAGGUUAUAGUUGGUGGGAUAAGAAAAAAUCUAAUAAUUCAAAAAAAAUAAAUCAAUAUGAUUUUAAUAUGUGUAAUAUUAGGUUAAAAAAUAUUAUAAAAAAUAGAAAGCGUAAGGAAACUAUAAAGAAAAAAAGAGAAUUUUUACCUCAUAAUUUUAGGUUUGUCCCUUAUAACCGGCCAGAAUCUAAAUAA